UCCAUGCGGAAGAGAGGGAUUUCAACAGUGACAACACAACAAACAGCUGCACGCUAGCAUAAACUGUGUCUAUUUUCCAUUUUAUAUCUGCAUCUAGCCUCAUAUCAGCCCAGCAAUGGACGGAUCUGUCAGAGCAUCUUCAGACGCUGCAGCCGGACCGCCGCCUUAUUUUCGAGGAAAUGAAAGCUCCCUGGUUUCUGCCCUCAAGACACUGCUAUUCUUCACUAUCCUGAUGGUCACGCUUCCCAUAGGACUGUACUUCGCAUCAAAGGCGUACAUCUUUGAGGGUUCAAUGAAGAUGUCGAGCUCUGACAGCUACUUCUAUGCAGCCAUUGUUGCUGUUCUCGCUGUGCAUGUGGUUUUGGCUUUGUUUGUUUAUGUAGCCUGGAACGAAGGCACGCCUAAAGGGAAGGGCAAACACGAUUAAGGCAUGUCCUUAUGAGCUUGUAUAAGACCGGAGGAGAUGGAAAGACUCGGAGAUUCACAGGCCCCCCCCCCACCCACUCCACCAUGGGCUCCAGCACUAAACAUGGCAACAUCUACCAACCAGACAGUUAGGGGUUCUGGUUUGAGCUUAGGCUUUAACCUGAGGUUAAAGCCUGAAUCUACUGUAUAUUCCCUGGGGUGGGGGGGUGCUGUUGGGUGUGUUUUUUCACCAGCCUCAGCAGGCCUGCUUUUUUGACUUUUUGUUCUCUGACAUUGUUACUUUUGUUGACAGAGGACAGCCCACAUUUUUAAGAGGCUUUCUUAUAAGCUGCCAUUUGGCUAAGUGCUGUAAGUCCCUUCACAGUAGAGACUUUGUCAUGUAGGAAAACAUCUUGGGCUUUCGAUGAUGCAUGCGUGUGCAAACACACACUGUAUGUACCUGUAAUGUGUGUAUGAAGGAUUUGAUUUCAAAAAUACUCUGCUACAUCCUUUCUGUGAAAAUUUGUGCUUCUAAAUUGAUCGUUCUGUCCUCAAAUUUCAGUUCUAAUCUGCAUUCAUUUAAAGGUGACUCUUAACUUCAAUAUAAACCCAUAAUGUGCUUAAACUUCAGGCUGUGUUUUGGAACGAACUCUUCAUGAUGUUUUGUCGAUAAAAUAAUCAGUUUGUUCUUCUGUGUUUUUCUUUCUGUUUUAAUGCGUUUGUGUACUGUAGUGAAAUUAUAUGUUGCAACUUUGAAUUAGGACAUUAUUGCAAGAUCAGGCUGUAUUUAAAGAAAUGUUUUGUAUUGAAGAUGAUGGGUGAGCUUGAGGAUCUAGAUGUCAUUGAAGUCAAUGUAAUUCAGAAGAGGAUAUUGACUUGCUCAAAUAAACUUGAAAAAUUGUAACAUUG